AUGAAGUCCUCCUGCAAGCCCAGCGGGUCUUUGGCGGCCGCGCGCGCCGCAGCAGCCCCGUGCGCCGCCGGCGGAGCCGAGUGCGCAGGCGCGUGCGCCGGGGCCGGGCGGCUGGAGAGCGCGGCGCGCAGGCGCCUGGCGGCCAACGCGCGCGAGCGGCGCCGCAUGCAGGGGCUCAACACCGCCUUCGACCGCCUGCGAAGGGUGGUGCCCCAGUGGGGCCAGGAUAAAAAGCUGUCCAAGUACGAGACCCUGCAGAUGGCGCUGAGCUACAUCAUGGCCCUCACCCGCAUCCUGGCCGAGGCCGAGCGCUUCGGCUCCGAGCGGGACUGGUCCAGCCUCCACUGCGAGCACUUCGGCCGCGACCACUACCUCGCCUUCGCGGGCGCCAAGCUGCAGGGCGACGGCGAGCCCUACGGCCCGAGGCUCUUCGGCUUCCAGCCGGAGCCCUUCCCGAUGGCCAGUUAG